AAUUCAUUCAACACCAACAAAAACAAAGAAAACACGGAUACAAAGUCUCAACCAAAAGCUCUAUGGCAACGAUAACUUCCACACAAUUCAUUCAAGAAAACCUCCACUACUCAAGAAGACUACUCCUAAUACCAGGUGCUACAGUACAACAAUACCACCCGGAAACCACCAUGGCGCUGCCUUCGGCAGCCGGAAUCAGCCACGGCCUAAUUAAUUUACCACUUGGUGACAGCUUCACCACAUUUGAGGCAAAUGUUAUUAUGGUUUUGGCAGUACUUGUAUGUGCCGUAAUUUGUUCACUUGUCUUGAACUCCAUCAUCAAAUUUAUAUUUAGUUGCUCUACCAUAAUAUUGGUGGAAUCAUCCUCAAACAAUAACCCUUCUAGAGAAAAAUUAGCCAAUAAAGGGAUCAAGAAAAAAGCCCUCAAAACAUUCCCAGUUAUAGCAUACACUACUGCGUUGAAACAUUCAGGGUUUGGCACUGAGUGUGUCAUUUGCUUAUCAGAAUUUAUCGUUGGAGAGAAAGUUAAGGUUCUGCCGAAGUGCAACCAUGGAUUCCACGUCAAGUGUAUCGAUAAAUGGCUCAAUUCUCACUCUUCUUGUCCAACUUGUAGGCAUUGCCUUAUUGAAACUUGUCAAAAAAUUGUUAACGGCGACAUAUCCGUUACUACAGCUGCAACUUCAUCAGCAGCAGUACAAGAAACCAUAAUAAGGAUUGAACCUCUCCAACGUGAAGAUGUUAUAUCUAAUGGUCAGCAUCAAUAGGUAGAAAAAAUAGGAGUAGCUAGUAUCUGGGCUGUAGUUGUUUGGUUAGAUGAGAAGCUUAGCUUUUAAGUUGAUAUAGUUUAGUUCUUUCUUUUUUCUUGUUGUAAAAGUUUUGGCUAGCUAUAGUAGUCUUGCAAGUGUAUAAAUCAAAUUUUAUUUCUGUUUCUUUAUCAA